AAGGAAGUGGAGAUCUCCACCCUCCAGCCUUCCCCUGACACUUCUCAUAAAUAUUACCAGGGCUUAUUCAGGGGGACUCGCAGCGCAAAGUCACACCGCGUCCCGGUUUUGAACAAGUUUUCACUUUGUCACCGAAAUCCAAGUCUCCACUUUUCAUUUUUUCCCCCGCCAGCUCUGGCUCUGCGGGCUGAUGCUCUUCGGGGAGCGGACUUUUUCUCGUCCCCAAACACCUCCAACUCCACGCAACCCCUGCUGGAGGGCUGCAGUCCUAUAGGGUAACCGGUUCCAGUCCUCGGCUUCAGUCCGGUUCUCUGGACCUCUCGUGGCGGGGACGAAGACCACCGACCAGUGACCAGUUCCUGACCACGACUCUCAGUCUGAGGCUGGCGACCGGAGACUGAGUCUGUGUCAACUUUGGAAAAAGGACUUUGAUAUCCGAUCGCUGCUGGUGAAGAGGCAGGGGAAUCUUUUUUUAUUGUUUCCGACACCAAAAAAGAAAGGAGAAAAGGAACAUUUCCAUUCUGACUCAUCAGAAGAUCAACUGUUCACGAUGAGCAAACCCACCGGCUCAACAAGUGGCUGUCUGGAUAUUCUCAACGUCAAAUCGAGUCGGAUUCUGGACAUUCCAUGUAAAGUGUGUGGCGACCGCAGCUCAGGGAAGCACUACGGUGUUUACGCCUGUGACGGAUGCUCGGGAUUCUUCAAGAGGAGCAUCCGCAGAAACCGGACCUACGUCUGUAAAUCUGGCUCACAGGGUGGCUGUCCCGUUGACAAAACUCACAGGAACCAGUGCCGAGCGUGUCGUUUGAAAAAGUGUCUGGAAGUGAACAUGAAUAAAGACGCCGUUCAGCAUGAAAGAGGGCCCCGGACGUCCACCAUUCGCAAACAGGUCGCCCUUUAUUUCCGGGGCCACAAAGAGGUGAACGGAUCCUCGACCCAUUUCCCGGGAUCCUCGCUGCCUGGGCCUCCCUUCUUCACCACCGUCACCCAACUGGAGCCUCACAAUCUGGAGAUGAGCUCAGUGGCAACGACUCCAGAAAGGCAGGCCAUCGUGGGUCUGGCACAGCCAACACCUAAGUAUCCUCACGAGGUCAGCGGGACUCCCAUGUACCUGUACGAGGUGGCCACGGAAUCGGUGUGCGAAUCGGCGGCGCGCCUCCUAUUCAUGAGCAUCAAGUGGGCCAAAAGCGUGCCGGCCUUCUCCACCCUCCCCUUAUCGGAUCAGUUGAUUCUUUUGGAAGAUGCUUGGAGGGAGCUGUUUGUUCUGGGCAUCGCGCAGUGGGCCAUUCCUGUGGACUCUACAACCCUUCUUGCUGUUUCCGGCAUGAACACUGAAAACACGGAGUCUCAGCGGAUGAACAAGAUCAUGUCUGAGAUCCAGGCGCUUCAGGAGGUGGUCACCAGAUUCAGACAGAUGCGUCUUGACGCGACGGAGUUCGCUUGUUUGAAGUGUAUCGUGACAUUCAAAGCAGUUCCUACGCAAGGCAGCACCGAAUUAAGAAGUUUCCGCAACGCCAGUGCCAUCGCUGCCCUUCAAGACGAAGCACAGCUCACGCUCAACAGUUACAUACACACCAGGUACCCCACCCAGCCGUGUCGUUUCGGAAAGCUGCUGCUGCUCCUGCCGGCCCUCCGCUCCGUCAGCCCGUCCACCAUAGAAGAGGUGUUCUUCAAGAAGACCAUCGGAAACGUGCCCAUCACCAGGCUGCUCUCCGACAUGUACAAAUCCAGCGAUAUAUGAAUUCUCGCCAGCUGCCCACGCUGGCGUGGAAAGGACUCAGACUUAAGACAUCCACCCGGCAGUGGAUGGAAUGAAUGUCACACCACCGCAGGAGCAUUCGUGGGUUGACUUUUUUUGCGGAGCACACAAUCUCAAAGGCUGUCUUAGUGUAGCCUAUUUAGGCCUAUAGGCUCCAUUGAAACGGACUGCAUCACAGUCGGAUCAGCAGAUAGUCCGCUAACAGUUGCGCUAGUUAAGGAGUAGCACGUACUUUGCAUCAUAGACUGCACGUAUGAUUCUGAAGGCUGCAGCUUUUUUGCAGCGUUAAACGUCGCCUUAAGACACCCGCCAAGUUCCUUUUACAGAGAAAUGUUGUAUAUUACGAUGUUUUUGGAGUGUCCGUGAGACCAAUGAGCUUGACGACCAAUUCAAUUUUUAAUUGCUGUGUUCAAUCCCAGUGGAGGAAACCAAAAAAAGAUGACGCAUGCCCAGUCGGGGCGUGUGGAUCGCUGUUCCUCGAUCAAGUGCUGAAACCAAACGCACAAGUGCAAGGGUGAAGAGGUGCCAGCUCUAAAAGGCACUGCGCAGGAAAAAAAUAAUAAAAAAGAAGAGGACUCUUUGAAGGACGUAAUGUAUUGCCCUCCUGAGUAAAAAACUUAAUUCCUCCGAGGACGGCGUUUGUAUUUCAGUGACCACUGUCCUGUUUGUGUUGGUGUGUCCUGUAAGGCGCCGCGUUAAAAAGGUUUAGGUCGACUUUGUGAAGUUAGACACUAACACUGGAUAAAAUAAUAUUCAGCACUUGAAAAUAUUGUUUUGUUUUUUGGUGGCCUGUGACGUUUUUAUUCUGUUGUAAAUAUUUGGAGUUAUAACUAUUUAGAGUUGUAACCAAGAGAAUAAAUGAUUGAAAACCCAGCUGUUUUCACAUCACCUGGACAGGGUGAAGCAGCAGAUGUUUGCAGGCUUCUACAUUUUCCAAAUCACAACCAAUAAUGGCAUUAG